AAAACUCUUCUAUAUUUAUAAUACAUGUGAGAAUAAACAGCAUAGAGUUGAGUGUAGUGCAGUAAGAGUGCUGUCCACUAGAGGCGCUGUUUAACUGUGAUGAAUGCAGCGUUCAGUCACUGCUGAUAGUGGGCGGGGCCAGUAAAGAUGAUUGACACUGAUAAGAGCUGAAUAAAGAGGAAGAAACUGAAGAGCAGUCAGAUGUGUAGAGACACACAGAAAACAUUCAGCAUCAAGAAGAUCAACAUCCUCAACUCACAAUGAAGAUCCUCCUCAUCUUCACUUUCUUCAUCAUCUCAGGUGCAGUGAGAUGCUUCAAUGUGAUUGGAUAUUCUGGAAGAAGUGUUCUUGUGGAUUCACAGAAAUCUUGGUGUAAAGACUGUUUGAAAAACAUGAAUAAAGUAAACCCACACAGAAACAUAAUAAACAAUAAGAAACACGAUCGGUGGAUUAAUGAAGGAAGAUUCACUCUGUAUUGUAACAAUGAGGGAAAACUGAUGAUCUACAUCAAAGAUCUGAACACAGAGGAUUCUGGAAGAUACCGGAUUGGUUAUGAUGACCAAUGGUACACUGAUAUGACUCUGACUGUGAGAAAAGAUUCAUGUUGUGGGGCGUCACAGACAGUGAUGGUGAAUACUGGAGAAAAUGCAAACUUCAGAUGUCAAUAUUCAAAGCAUUAUAAGAACAAUUUAAAGAUUGUCUUUAAAGAAGUGAAAGACUCCAUUGAUGAAGUGAUUUACACCUUAAACACAUGGCGGAAUAAGGAGAGAUUCAGUAUUUUCAAUGACAGAGAUAAAAACCACUUCAGUGUGACAAUUAAUGAUGUGAGAUCAGAAGAUGCAGGAGUUUAUUUAUGUGGAGUUACAGUUCAUGUGAAGCAUUACAGAGACUCCUACAGUUACUCCAUUAUUACUGCUGUUCAUCUCAACAUUAUAACGUCACAGACAGUGAUGGUGAAUACUGGAGAAACUGCAAACUUCAAAUGUAAAUAUUCACAGGAUUAUAAGACUGAUGAAAAGGUCAUAUUUAAACAAGGAAAAGACUCAACCCUGAUUAUCUACACAACUGACACGCAAAAGAAGAAAGAGAGAUUCAGUAUUUCUGCUGACAGAGAUAAAAACCUCUUCAGUGUGACAAUAACUAAUGUGAGUUCAGAAGAUGCAGGAGUUUAUUUAUGUGGAGUUUGGCUUCAUAGAGACUCCUACAGUUACUCCAUUACUACUGCUGUUCAUCUCAACAUUAUAUAUUCAUGCAGUGGGGCGUCACAGACAGUGAUGGUGAAUACCGGAGAAACUGCAAACUUCACCUGUCAGUAUUCACAGGAUCCAUGGUACAAUGAGAAGAUCUUGUUGAAAAAAGAAAAUUACACCAUUGAUAUGUUGCUUUCCACCACAAAUGUAAAGCUUAAGAAGGAAAGACUGACCAUUCAUGAUGAUAAAAUUAAAGUUUUGAAUGUGAGAAUGACUGACGUGAGAUCAGAAGAUGCAGGAGUUUAUUUAUGUGGAGUUCAGCGUAACAGAGACUCUUACAGUUACUCCAUUAUUACUUCUGUUCAUCUCAACAUUAUGAGUAAAGUGGGUGUGGUCAGAGUGAGCGGAUACUCAGCAGGUCAAAUCAUCUUCAAGUGUCAUCACCCUCAAUACAAAAAUAACCCAAAAUAUCUGUGUAAAGAAUCAGAUGGAUGUUCUGAGAGGAAAUCUCCAUCAGUUCAGGAUCAAUGGAUGAAGAAUGGAGAUGUUUCUCUAUAUGAUGACUCCACAGCAGGAGUCUUGAUGGUGUAUUUUAGAGAUCUGAAUGCUGGAGAUGCUGGGACAUACAGGUGUGGAGUGAAAGUAUCUCAAUAUACUGAGAGCUUCACUGAAAUACAGAUGGACAUUAAACAGGCGCUGACACACUGGUGGGUGAAUCAAUCUGUUUAUCUUGGUGAUGAAGUCAAUAUUAGCUGUCAGAUCCCAGAGGAACAUCAAGUCUCAAAACUCUUCUGUAAAGAGGAUGAAAAUCACAUCUGCCAAAACAUCAACACAUCUAAAGUUAAACUGAAUGAUUUAUCUCAUAAAAGUGUUUUUACUGUGACCAUCAGUAAUGUGACAGUGAGAGAUGCUGGAGUUUACUGGUGUGGAGCAGAAACCACUGAGAGAGAUUUAACUUUCAUCUCUCUGACCACUAAAGUUCAACUCAAUCUGAUCAUGCCUCCAGUGUUUGGAGAUGAAGGAGGAUCCGCUCAGAUCAUCUGUCCUUAUGAUCCCAUCUAUAAAUCAAAGUCAAAGUAUCUGUGUAAGAGCUCCACUACAGAUAGAAAUCCUCUCAUUGAGACUUUGAGAGAUGAGAUGAAGAUGAACAGAUUGAUUGUGAAUGAUGACAUGACAGCAAGUGUGUUUACUGUGAACAUCACUGGAUUGACAGCAGAGGAUGCUGGGAAAUACUGCUGUACAGUGAGAUUAGAAACAGAUGUGAUUUAUCUUUACACUCAUCUGAUUAUUAUCAUGAACGAGGAGUUGAUCUUGAAUAAACGUGAAGGAGACGACAUGUCAAUCCAGUGUAAACAUCAUGCUGAAUAUCAGAAACUCUUCUGUAAAGCACAAGAACCCUCAAUGUGUGUAAAUUAUGGAGUUUCAUUACAGUCAAUGAGAGAUGAUGAAACAUCUGCUGGAGUCUUUACUGUAAACAUCAGUCAUCUGAGAGAAGAGGAUUCUGGGAUAUACUGGUGUGGAUCUCACAUCAUCACUAAAGUGCGUCUAGAAGUAACAAAGAGUGUUUCUGGAAAAAUCUUCGCUUGUAUCUGUGUGACUUUACUGCUGAUAGGAGCAUUGAUCCUGUUGUUAUACAAAUUAAGAUACAUCAGGACACCAGAAAACAACUUUUCCAGGACACAAAGGACCAUUGGAGAGGUGUCUAAUACUGCCUGUGACUAUGAGAAUGUUAAAGACGUCAGACAGCAUUUAGACUGCGAAGAAGCUGGUAUAUAUUCUUCUAUAGGGAUGCCCACAAUCCCCUCUGAUCUACACAGUCCACUUUACUCUAAUGCACAAUUACCCACAAUUCCCACUGAUGAUCUGCUGUACGCUGCUGUCAGUUUCCACAAGUAUGAAGAUUCUGUCAGUGAUGUUUCAGUCACCUUCAGUAAGAAGAUUUUAUCCAACUAUGCCAUUGUCAGUCACCAAACAUGAUUCGACUGAUUCAAAGAGACAAGCUUAUUGUGUUUGAUUGUUAUUUAUGUCCCUUGAGUUGUAGCAGGUCUGCAAGACAUCAUGUGUAUGUGUGACUGUUUAUUUGCAUGUUUACUAACAUGGGGAAAAAACCAUUUACCGGUCCACCAACCCUCAGCAGCCACAGGGUGUGGAUUGUUUUUGGUUGUAUUUACUGAGCAUUACAUGUUCGUGUUUGUCUCCCUCUGCUGUUCAGCCUGAAAAAUUAUAAUUUGUAACAAAAUUUAAUCCAUGUCCAGAUCUCUGGUUAGACUUGCUUAUAAAUGAGCAGACAUUUUACCUAUAUGGUUUGCAAUAAAACAGGAACAAAAACUCUUGAAUACAAA